AAAAUUUUUGCUGCUAGUAUUAGAAAAGAACGCUUUAUUGUUUUUCCCUAUUUGCAAUAAACAGGAAAAAAAAAACACCGAGUGUGUGCCUUGGCUAAGGAGGGCAAUAACGGACUCUUGCCGAUCGUGAAAACCGUCAGCAGAGUCUAUUCGCUCGGGUAGCUGUAUUCAUUCUGAUACUAAAUUUCACAAAAAACUUGCUAGUAAAUCGAAAAGAAAAGUAGAAUCAGAAUGUGUGAACAUGGGUGUUCAGGAACGUGUUCUACAUCAUUACAUACCUAUAGAGCUCAUUGCCUCUAAAACUGUCGACAAAGAACAUUUUUAGCGUUUGCAUUAAGUCUAGGAUUUGUGUGAAUAUGGGUUAGAAAUCGAGUGAUUAAAAAAGAACGGAGAAAAAAAGCUCCGAGGGCUUUAUACUGAUUUUUAAUUCGUUGUUGAAUAACCUCAUGGACAUUUCAAUCUUUGUUUACUUUGAAGUUGUUCCACAGGCAAGUGACGCACUCACCGAGUUCUGAGCAGAUUCACCAUUGAUGCAAGAGAGAUUUAACUGAUGCGCGCUAGUCGUCUGUGAGUGCCAAGCUGAUAUAGUGAAGACAGCCCCUUUGGCGCUGUAUGAGAAUGGCAGGAGGCCCGGGCGACGUUUUGUCGCAAGACAAUUCAAUUUUUAAAAACCUUCAAAGCAUCGUACAACUGAUUUCUGACCUGCAGCGGUUGUACGAAGAUAAAGACUCAGCCGACAUCGAAUUUGUUGUAGGGAAGGAAGAAACGCGAGUGUUAGCGCACAGUCUUAUUGUUAAAACAAGGUGCAGUAAUUACAAUGAAUUGAAACUAGCCUACGGUCAGCGAUCGAUGCCAGGCAAGCUGUUGGUGCUCCAGAUAGCUGAUGUCAACGUCGAAGAAUUUAACUCGGUCGUUCAGUAUAUUUAUACAGGUAGAAUUAAUCUGAACGCUGCUGUAGUCUUUAAGGUGCUCGCCCUAGCCCUUGAGUUUGGCAUCUCGGAACUGAAACUUACCUGCGAAGAUCAUAUCAUGAAUACAAUGAAGGAAAAUGCCUGUGUAUUCCUGAGUUCAGCUUUCGAAGGUCGUAAUGACCGGCGUGAAGCGUUUAGAGAGGAAGCGGCCGUCUUUGUCGACAAGUGUACGACACACAUUUGUGAGCACGCAGCGGACUGCGUCAAGUCGUCGGCGUUUUUACGGCUAAGCAAAGAGUGCGUCAUUCAUCUUGUGUCAUCCGACUACUUGGGUAUGAAGGAAGAUGAUGUUUGGCGCGCUGUUCUCGCGUGGGCCAAGCACCAGGCCAAUGUUACUAGCAGCCCGCACAGUUGGACAGAUGGAGAACGCCAACUCGUUGGACAGGCGCUCAGGGAUGUCAUUAAUCAUGUUCGAAUUUUACUGAUUGACAAACAGGUGUAUGCUGAAGAAGUCGAGCCUACCGGACUAGUUCCCCUUGAGCUUUCACUUCAACGGUAUCGGUACGCCGCUCUACCUGACACGUUUCAGCCAAAGGAACCCCAUCUCACGCCACGAGCGCCUGCACCGUUUUUCAAAGACUCCAAUCUAUUGACAGGCAAGAACCUCGCGUUUCAACAAUUGCUGAACAACUGGUUCGGAAAACCAAGCCAAAUGUGGCGACGGCUCUAUCUCGCUUCGGCCAACAGCUAUUCGGCUGCUUCAUUUCAUGAGUGUUGUGAUGGAAUUGCACCACUUUUUGUACUUGUGCUUGGAUCGUCCGGUCAGCUCUGUGGUGGUUUCACUGAUGUACCUUUCGUGAGAACGAAUGGAGGCCGAGCAAAAUAUUCGACAACGGAUCGGGCUUUUCUCUUCUCGCUGAUCAACUUGAUUAAGAGACCGGCGACCAGAUUCAACAUCAUUAAGAAAAUGUUUGCCAUCGCUUCUCAUCCCGAGUUUGGACCGAUUUUUGGGGCAGGCGCCGAUCUCAGUAUUGCCAAUAACUGCAAUGUUAGUAUGGAAUGUUACUCAAAUCUUCCACACACCUAUGAUGGCGAAGGGGCCAGCUCCACUCUACUUAUGGGAGGUUAUAACUUUACGGUGGCAGAUUAUGAAGUGUUUACUGUGUCAUAGUUUCGAUCAACUUACGCAUUAUUGGCAUACCUAGUAAAUAGUAUCGAACUUCCUUUGGUGUUUAGAACGUACACAUAAUAGCUGUACUGAGCUUAGAGGAGUCUUUCACUUUCAAAUGUGGUCUACAGGCCAAUUAAAUCUAUGUAUUUUGGGAAUAAAUUAGCCAAAAACGUCCGAACAACGAUACACCCCUAAGUAUCGAUUACUUUACACGUUAGGUGGAGUUUGAUAAGGGCGGCGCUGUGCAUGGUGGCUUUGAAUAUCAAGCUGAUAUCAUGACGAUGCAUAUGCAGAACUUAACUAUGCCUUGUAAAUACCUGUGUCUUCCGCGAUGAUGUCAUUAAAAUAAUAUCGAAGAUAAUAUCUGUUAUCAUGAAUGUGAUUAAGCACAGAGAGCCGUACCGAAUUGACGCACGCACAAAAUUUGGAUACAAUAGCAUGCUCCACUUCCCAAAAAGGAAAACGGAAUCUUAUCAAGGCAUUGUUUCUAACAUAGAUAACGCUGGUUAUGUGAAGCCAAUCAAUUUGGUAAAAAAUCUUUGUUUUAAGAACUUAUGCGCCACGUAGGCAGAACGAUUUGAUCAAAGAUGACUCCACUUAAGGUUUCAUAAUCUGUACAUAGAAAAUGUAGCUUUUAACGACACGUUAGAUGACACAUAUCGAGCAAGGCCAGCGAUUUCUACGUAUAAAAAAGGGGUCAAAGUAUGUUUACUCUGAAAUAAGACGUAAGAAUGUGCUUAUGAAAAUAUAACUAAUUAGAUGCUGCUAACUUCGAACCUUUUGUUAUUCUGACUAUAGACUAAAUACAAGUUCGUCGUUUUUUUUUCUCGUAUAUCUCUCCCUAACUUUUUGAAGCAAUUUUCUACAGAUUGUUAUCGACUCCUGACGUACUUGUAGCCGUGAGAAGUAAACAUUGCCAUAGUUUUCACGGUUUUAAAAAUGAGUAGAAGCCCUUUGUAUUCAUAGCAAAACGCACGUUAAGAUCAGAUUUUUUUAAUUGCGAAUGAAGGCUUUAUCGUCCACCAGCUGAUCUCAGCCAUUAUUGUUAUUAAUUGUAUAUUCAUUAACAUGAAUCCCUUACACAUAAAUAUGUAUAAGUCUUCAUCAAGUAACUAUAUGUACUAUAUUAUACCGUAAUAAAAAUUUCCUUUUUAGGGUAACACUAUCAUUUCUACAUUUCAUAUUUUGUAUUACUUAUUAGAGUUAUAAAAAGUAAUAAGAUGGACUUGUCGUUGCUAUCAUAUAAUGAGA